CUAGCAUCAGUAUCAUUCCUUAUAAAAUUUUCAAAAAGUUCACUUAUUUUGGCUUUUCAUACAAACUCAGAAACCAAAUUUAAAGUUAAAAAGAAAACAAUAGAUCAUGAAAGGUGCGAAACGUUUCUCCAUCUCGGAAUCGGAGCCGGCUACCAACGACACCGCCUUUCGGAACAAGAGAAUCAUAUCAGGAUCUUCAUUUGACGUCCAUAGAGCGGAAACAUCUCAACAACAGUCUACGAGUACUACUGCCACAAGGCCGCCGUUGGAUGUGCAACGAGCUGAGACUUCUCGACAGCAUGUGAGAGCUCUCAAUACCCAAUUUGCCAGCUGGGUGCAAGCACAACUGAAGGAUCACCCUGAUGAACUUUGGGAAGAUGGGGUUCGAGAUUACCUUACUCAUGCCUCAAACAUUAUGGAGAGGUUCAGUGAUGUUGUGAAAUGGAUCAAAGCAAAUUCUGUAAAUGGAGGAACUACUGCCGAUUCUCUCACUGCUGGAAAUAAAUCAAUGCCUGAAAUAAAAAACAAAGAGAGCAAAUUGUUUCAAGGGAAACCUGGGUUUGCUUCACCAGCUUCUAGUACAACCUUUACUGCAUCUUGGAACUCUGGUGUAUUCUCGAAGAAUCAAGCUUCUGGACCAGCAUUAUUUAACAGUCACAAUUCUGUUGGAGCUUUCUCUAAUACCCAAAGUUCUGGAGGAGCUUUCUCUAACAGCCAAAGUUCUGGAGGGGCUUUCGCUAACAGCCAAAGUUCUGGAGGGGCUUUCGCUAACAGCCAAAGUUCUGGAGGGGCAUUCUCUAACAGCCAAAGUUCUGGAGGAGCUUUCGCUAACAGCCAAAUUUCUGGAGGAGCUUUCGCUAACAGCCAAAGUUCUGGAGGAGCUUUCGCUAACAGCCAAAGUUCUGGAGGAGCUAUCUCUAAUAGCCAAAGCCAGAGUAUGUUCUCUAAUAGUCAGACUGCUGGUUUAUUCUUAAACAGUCAAAGCACCGGGUUAUUUUCCAAGAGCCAGAGCUCUGGUUUCUUCCCCAACAGUCCGAGCUCUGUGGCUUCUUCUGUUAGCCAAACCUCUGGAUUGCUAUUCAACAAUCAAAGUCCAGGAGUAUUUUCUUUCACUAACCAGAACACAGGGUUGUUCCCCAGUAGUCAGAGCUCAGCAGCUUCUUCUGCUACUCAUAACUCUGGAUUGUUCUCCAAUAACCAAAGCACAGGAAUGUUCUCCAAAGCUCCAGCUCCUUUUUCUUUUGGAGAUCAAAACUCAGCUCCAACAAAUCUUAACUCUUCAAAUGACAUUGAUGAUGAAAAUGAAUUGGAGCAACCGAGCAGCCCGUCAGUGAAGAAGUCUGAAGAGAAAGGCAUUGUAGUUGUCCACGAAAUGAAGUGUAAACUAUAUGUAAAGUCAAGUGAUACAUCUGAUAAAGACACCUGGAAAGACAAAGGCAUGGGGCAACUUUCAAUUAAAUGCAAAGAGGGUGUCGACAAGGGUACAAAAGAAUCAAAACCAACGAUAAUUGUUCGUAAUGAUGUGGGAAGAGUGGUGUUAAAUGCUUUGCUAUAUCCAGGGAUCAAGACAAAUAUGCAGAAGAAUUCCGUUGUUGCAAUAUUUCAUACUGCGGCUGAUGAUAGCGGCGAUAAUGAUAGUGUUGUGGCACGCACCUUCUUAAUGAGGACUAAAACAGAGGAAGAUCGAGAUAAGUUAGCAACAGCUAUACAAGAAUAUGCACCUGCAUCGUGAAAUUACUUAAACUACAAACAGAGCUCAUAAAUUUUGCAGGGGUCAUCUGGUUAGGAGGUCAGUUUAGCCAACCUGUUUUGGGUAGCAAAAGAAUAACCGAGGGUCAAUUUUCACCAUGAGUCUUAAUUGUAUUUAAAAUGCUUGUACCAUGAGAAUCUUUUUCGUAUUAUUUGCUCAAUCUUAAAGUGUAACUCUGUUUCUGAGACAUGUUUGGUAGCAAGUUUCAUUUGUAUUUUAUAAAAUUUGCUCGUCUAUAAUCAAGUAUUUUAUUUUCUUGCUUAA